GUGAAAGUUGAGCGAUGAAUUUCGUGUGUUGAUCGUCGUUGUUCGGUUUGUUCACUGCUUUGCUGCUAAACAUUUUCUUUCUGUCAAACGUAUUGGCCGUGUUUGCCGCACCUCUCGAAUUAGGUUUCCAAUUUGAGUCUCGCCACGGAAAAUAAAUAAAAAUGAAAAGCAAUUUACUAAUUUUAUUGCUGGUACUGCCAGCACUUAUUUGUACAUUUAAUGCGCAACACAAAUUUGUGGCGUUUGCUGAUGGCUCAGCGGAGGAUGACCUCGUAGAUGUGGAGGCCGAAGAUGGCGCCGUGACCGGUGAGGACGUUGAAGCAGAUGAAGACCCUGAUUCUACAUCGACCACUUCUCCUUAUGCCGACACGUUUUUGCUUUUCACGAAGCCCUUGUAUACGGCUGGACAACAAUUAGAUUUACCAGGUGGCAAACCCGUUGAAUUCCUUAUUGGUUUCACAAAUAAAGGCAAAAAUGAUUUUGUCAUCGAAACCGUGGAAGCUUCUUUCCGCUAUCCCAUGGACUUCAACUAUCACAUACAGAACUUCUCAGCUGUCGCAUACAAUCGUGAAGUAAAACCUGGUUCGGAGGCUACGGUUGCUUACUCUUUCCUGCCAUCCGACACAUUCGCUGGCCGCCCAUUUGGCUUAAAUAUUGCUUUGAAUUAUCGUGAUUCCCUUGGAGGCCAAUUCAGCGAAGCAGUUUUCAAUGAAACAGUGUUGAUUUCCGAAAUAGAUGAAGGAUUGGAUGGUGAAACGUUCUUCUUGUACGUGCUAUUGGCUGGUAUUGUUGUACUGUUGCUGGUCAUCGGUCAGCAAUACCUCCUAGGCUCUUCGGGCAAGAGGAAGCGUGCUGCCGCUAAAAAGACAAUCGAAACAGGCACUUCUAACGACAGCAACAUCGAAUAUGAGUGGCUGCCACAAGAAACAUUGCGUGUGCUGCAGCAAUCGCCACCUAAAUCCAAGGCACUAAAAACUUCUCCAAAGCCAGGCAAACAGAGCAGCCCAAAGCAGGGUCAGAGCCCUAAGCAGCGAAAAGUGAAACGUACCGCUGGUGAUGAUUAGACUUAACUAGACUGUAACUUAAAGCAGUUACACCAACAAAAGAAUCACCUCAAAUUAAAACGCAUAAUCGCUUAACGUAUGUUUAUUGUUUUUCCUAUUUGUAUGCGAAAUUUGAGAAUUAUUAGUUUUCGAUAAAUACAAGUUAUUUUUAAGUCUGAAUAGUACUCUAAAAUUCUUCCCAUUACCAUCGAUACGAUUCAUGUGCGAAGCAGUGUGUGUAGGUCUUAUGUUUGUUUUA